AUGGUCCCAGACAGAGGCCCGGCCACUUCGGCCGUCACCAUUGUCAUAACCGUUCUGGCCACAGUUUUUGUCGCGGCUCGCUUUUACACCCGGGCCUGGCUGGUUAGAUCUAUCAAGCAGGACGACUGGUGGAUUCUGGCAGCAUGGGUCUUCGCCGUGGGAUUUUCGACGUCGAUAUGUGUAGCCGUGAAAUAUGGCCUCGGGAAACACAAGCAAAAUAUCCCCGACGACGCAUUCAGUGCGCUGCGGAAGGCUGAAUAUGCCUUUGACAUCCUCUACAACCCGGCGCUCAUGCUGACCAAAACCUCCAUCAUCGUCUUCUUCCUGUCUGUUAUGAGCAAGGAUGUCGAUCCUGUCUUCAAGUGGUGCAACUGGUUGACCCUUGCCGUAGUCAACAUCGCCGGGAUUGCUCUCACCCUGUUCAACAUCUUCCAGUGCUCGCCAGUCUCAGCGGGCUACCUAUACCCUCAACCCGCACAUGCCAGAUGCACCGACAUCGUCACGUUGUAUCUCUCUUCGGCUCCUCUCAACAUCAUCACCGACAUUGCCAUUUUGUUCCUUCCAAUGCCAAUCCUGACCGGGAUGCGAUUGCCUCGGAAACAAAAGAUCAUCCUGGUUGCAACCUUUUCCUUCGGUGCCUUUGUCGCUGUCGUCGACGUCAUCCGCAUUGCAUAUCUACAGCAGGCUUCGCUCAAUCGCCUGAAGGUCGUCGAUGGUGCAGGCGGGAGCCCAAGUCACAUCGUUGAAGAUAACGACUUUUCCUGGUAUGCAAGUCUGAGCUUCAUGUGGUCGGCGGUCGAAGUCUGCAUCGGCAUCAUCUGUGCGUGCGUGCCCAGUUUGAAGCCUCUAUUUGCUCGCUUUCUACCGAGCUUUAUUAGAGAUGCUGGGGACGAGCUGGCGUCCAGCAAUAGCAUUGAUCUGGGUAAAGCGGAUGAAAAGGGACAACGGACUGAUCUUCCCAGAGGCAAUGUAUCAAUACUCAACAAUCCGGCUGCUUUCAGGAGAUCUAUUGUCAAGGAAUACUCCGGAGACGAGGAUGGUGGCCAGAUGGGAUUCUUGAACUUUUUGGCAGAACCGACCGAUGAAGGACAUGCCGGACCUUCGCUACCAAACACCGCAGACCUCUCGCGAAGAACAACGAACAAAAGUGCCGUCUCAGAUUUCGGAUUUGUAAAGAUGUCAGGAAAACGUAAUAUGUUGAAACUUUCCAAUCGGCAAAGUGCUUGGCCAAUUGCAGUGGUCACAAUCAUCUUUUUCCUAUGGGGGUUUGCCUAUGGACUCCUGGACACGCUCAAUUCGCAGUUCCAGGCUGCGGCGAAAGUGUCGCCAGGCAAGGCGUUGGGUCUCCAUGCAGCAUACUACGGUGGCUAUUUCGCAGGGCCGUUGACGCUGGGUCACUUCAUCUUCCAACGAUAUGGCUUCAAAGCAGUUAUGAUUGUAGGCCUAGCUGUCUAUGGUUGUGGGACCUUGGUCUUCUGGCCGUCGGGAGUUUUGCUUUCCUAUCCAGCAUUCGUGGUAUCCAACUGCAUUGUCGGGUUCGGCCUUUCGUGUUUGGAAAUUGCGGCCAACCCAUAUAUCGCUCUUUGCGGGCCGCUGGAGUAUGCGGAGGCCAGACUAAACCUCUCACAAGCCUUUCAGGCCAUCGGCACAGUCUGUUCGCCGCUUCUGGCAACCAAAGUUUUGUUCAAGAGUGUGCACAAUGCACCGUCGCUGGUGGACGUGCAAUGGGCAUAUCUGGGCAUCGCUUUGUUUGUUUUUGCCUUGGCUGUUGUCUUCUACUAUGUUCCGCUUCCCGAAGCAUCCAACGAACAACUGGAAGAGCUUGCUGAUCAGCGCCAACGGGCUUAUGCUGCCAAAAUCGGUCCGUGGAAAGUCAAAUAUGUGACACUGGGGCUCGCCGUCUUCAGCCAAUGGUGCUAUGUCGGUGCGCAGGAAUGCGUCGGGAACAAUAUACAAGGGCUGAUUGUGGCUGUGACGCCGGCUUCAAGUCUCCAUCCAUUCGACUUCUCGACCGUGGGUCACACAGUCUUUGCAGUCGGACGAUUUGUAGCCGCCUUUCUCAACUACGUACUGAAGCCCAGAUGGAUUCUAAUGGGCCUGUAUGUGGGCCUCGUCGUCUGUGUGGCUCUCAAUAUGCAUCUGGAUGGGGAUGCUGCCGCUGCCAUUGGGAUGCUCACCUUUUUCUUCGAGGCUGGCAUUUUCUCCAUCAUCUUCGCCGUCGCAAUGCGUGGACUUGGCAGGCAUACAAAGGCUGGUUCUGCACUCAUGACGGCUGCCAUAUCCGGUGGAGCUGUCUUCCCACCUGUUCAAUGGGCGGUUGCCAAAGGGUCCGACCUCAGAUACUCGUACUGUGUCCCGUUGGCUGUUGCUGCUUUUGGGAUGUUGUUUGCGAUCUACCUGAAUUUGAUGCCGCAGGCUCGAACACAAGUCGAUCCAGUGCACGGGACUCGGGCCAAACGAGGCUCGGAGCAGGCCACGGGUCGCCAAAGUCCUAGCAUCCAAGAGGAUGAAACACUACAACAAUUUGGUCUGCCUGGUAUCAUUGCGCGACGAAAACGGAAACAUCGGCCAGAGUCGCCAUCUGUGGAACACAUUGAACGACAGAGCACGAACCUUGAAGAUGUCCCCAACUCUCCAGUGCUUAUGAUGGAUUUUGCAGAUGAAAAGAAUUGCUUCCCCAAACCCAUGCCUGUUGUCCAACAGAAGCAAUCCAAAGGUCAUGUUGCAGAACUAGCUCUGUGGCCUGUGGGUGAAGACGUGUCUGAGGCCAGUGCCAGUAGUAGUGGUGCCAGUGGCCAGCUGGAUUCCAGAGAACCCAGACACACCGGCCCUGCUGUGGCGGAUCAGGCGAACAAUGAAGAAAUAGAUGUGAUCAGCCGCCGACACCGGCCGGUCUGGGGGGAGCAAGGCGAGGACCGUGAUGAUGAUAUCGAUGACUAUCACGCAAUCAUGAGAAAGAUAUGA